AUGGAGAUGAUUGGAGAUAUUCUUGAAUGGUAUGGUCGUACUAUUCAUCCGCCACUUGUGCUCGCUCUUUGUAUUUCUGGUUCUCUUGGGCAUUUGUUGUCAAUUGGAACCCUUUCUCGAAUGGUCAAUCCCACAAAUACUUUACUCAUUUCGAUGUCUUGUUGUCAGCUUGCUCUUUGUGCGAAUUUUCUUUAUUCGACUUUUUUCAAAUGGGCGAGUGAUGAGUUGUGCUCACCGCUUUUCUUCUCGAAGCCAAUGGCGACAACAAUGCACGUAUCCGUUUCACUCUCAGUUUUCGUUCACAUGAGCGGAGUCUUUCAUGUGGUCGCACUCUCAAUUAUACGCUUUUGUUCUCUAAAACGUCUCACCGGAGUGAAUUCCUCUUUACCGUGGUUCACUCAAACGAAAUGUCGUGUUUCCUUAUUGAUCAUCUAUAUUUCGGUGGCGAUUAUCGGAAUGCCACUCUAUUUCACAACGGAAAUCGUUGAGGUUCCCGAAAAGGCUGGCUGUGCUCAGCGUUUCCCGCAACUCAAAAAUGUCACCUCUUACGAAUUGUCAUUUUCGAAUAAAAAUCUUCAAAAUUUAAGUUUCUGGCUUUUCAACACAUGCGCCAAGAUUAUUCCAUCAGUGAUUUUAUGUGUGAUGACUCUUCUCAUUCUUUAUCAACUCAAGAAAAUCAGAAAGAUCAGUGCUCGUUUUUCGACUCUUGAAAGAGAUCAACAAUAUCAAAGAACGACGAAAAUGAUAUUAAUGAUAAUGUUCAUGUUUAUUUGUGUCGAACUUCCACAAGGUCUUCUCGCCGUUUUGAGCACUUUCUCUACUCCAUUCUCAUCAAUCUACUCAGCGCUAGGUGAUUUCAACGAGAUGAUCACCCUUUUGACGGCUUGCCUAAUCUUUUUCCUUUUCUGUGCAAUGAAUGGAAGAAUACGAAAAGCGAUCAUGGGAGCACCGUGUCUUGUGUGGAUUCAAGAAUUGAGUAAAGCUGCAAAAAAGAGAAAAAGACUUCGAUCAACGGGAAAGGAUCAUUUAUUGGGAUCAUGUAGUGUCACUCAAACACCAGCUAUCGAAAAGAAUGGCUAUUCAGCCAUGCCACCUAUCAUUUCCGCUGAA